AGAAUGGGAUUGUCACCGGAAGAAGAACAUCCUGUUAAGGCCUUUGGCUGGGCAGCAAGAGACUCGUCUGGUCAUCUCUCUCCUUUCAACUUCUCAAGAAGGGAAACUGGUGAGGAGGAUGUGAGGCUUAAGAUCUUAUAUUGCGGCCUCUGUGUUGCAGAUCUGUUAGCAAUGAAAAAUGAAUUUUCUGAUGCCCAAACCAUCUAUCCUCUUGUUCCUGGGCAUGAAAUUGUAGGAGAAGUGACACAAGUUGGAUGCAAGGUGAUAAAGUUUAAAGUUGGCGAUAAAGUAGGUGUUGGGACAUUAGUUGGUGCAUGUCACUCGUGUGAAAGUUGUAUGGAAAGCUUCGAAAUUUUUUGUCGUAAAAGGAUUUUCAGCUUCAACUUCAUCGACCACAACGAUGGGACUGUAACAUAUGGAGGGUUAUCAAAUCAUAUGGUUGCCAAUGAACGUUAUGUCGUUCGAUUUCCUGAUAAUAUAUUACUCCAUACUGCUCCACCUUUACUUUGUGCCGGAAUUACAGUAUACAGUCCAUUGAAAUACUUCAGACUUGCAGAAUCAGAAAAGCAUGUUGGUAUUGUAGGCCUCGGUGGCUUAGGUCAUUUAGCUGUUAAAUUUGCCAAAGUAAUGGGGGCCAAAGUUACUGUCAUCAGUAGCUCACUUAGUAAGAAAAUUGAUGCCUUGGAACGUUUAGGUGCUGAUUCUUUUUUGCAUAGUAGUGACCACGACGAAAUGCAGGCUGCGAUGGGCAGUAUGGAUGGUAUUCUCGACACAGUUUCUGUUUCUCAUCCUAUCACACCAUUAAUUGACCUACUCAAGUCUCAUGGACAACUUGUCUUAUUGGGUCCAGACAACUCACUAGAAUUACCAACCUUACCUUUGACGAAAGGAAGAAAAACUGUAGUUGGUAGUGCAUACGGAGCAACAUAUGAGAUUCAAGAAAUGAUUGAUUUUGCAGCAAAACACAACGUAAAUGCAGAUGUGGAGGUUAUUUCAGCAGAUUAUCUUAAUCAGGCUACAGAACGACUCGCUAAAUCUAAUGUUAGAUAUCGAUUUGUGGUUGACGUUGGGAAUACUUUGCCUUCUGCGAAUUCCACAUUUAAUUAA